UCCCGCUCCGCGCCGCGGUGGGGGCCGGGCCGCGGGGCGGGAGCUCUCUGCCCGCCCCCCCUCCCUCCCGCCGCAGUGGGAGGUGCCGCGCAUCCCGGAAGAGGUGAUCGGCCACUUCCGCCUGCCGGGACCGGAGCGCUGCCGCCACCGCCAUGACCGCCACGCUGCGCCCGUACCUGAACGCGGUGCGUGCCACGCUGCAGGCCGCGCUGUGCCUGGAGAACUUCUCCUCGCAGGUGGUGGAGCGGCACAACAAGCCCGAGGUGGAAGUCAGGAGCAGCAAAGAGCUGCUGUUGCAGCCGGUGAUCAUCAGCAGGAACGAGAAGGAAAAGGUGCUCAUCGAGGGCUCCAUCAACUCCGUGCGUGUCAGCAUCGCCGUGAAGCAGGCUGAUGAGAUCGAGAAGAUCUUGUGCCACAAAUUCAUGCGCUUCAUGAUGAUGAGGGCUGAAAACUUCUUCAUCCUGCGCAGGAAGCCCGUGGAGGGCUACGACAUCAGCUUCUUGAUCACAAACUUCCACACGGAGCAGAUGUACAAGCACAAGUUGGUGGACUUUGUCAUCCACUUCAUGGAGGAGAUUGACAAGGAAAUCAGCGAGAUGAAGCUCUCUGUCAAUGCCAGGGCCCGCAUCGUGGCAGAGGAGUUCCUUAAGAAUUUUUAGGCCGUGGUGCAGGACCCCGUGGCUCCCCCAUGCUUGUGCCCGCGGGCACCGUGCCUGUGCCUGCUCCCGCUCCCCGAGAACGGCCGGGCCGGGCCGGGCCGGGCCCCGCCUGUCUGGGCGGGGCGGCCGGGUGGGAGCAGCCCCCGCUCGCAGCAGCGCGGCCCCGGCGCUGCCCCUGUCUCGUCGUGUUUUUUUAAACGGUCUCGUUUGCUGUA